GUCUUCUAACUCGUCCCUCUCCGGGGCGUCCGAGAGGCCGGGGAAGAGCGCACUAUGAAGUCCGUUCUGUUCAGCCGCUUCUUCAUCCUCCUGCCUUGGAUCCUAAUCGUCAUCAUCAUGCUCGACGUGGACACGCGCAGGCCAGCGCCCCCGCUCACCCCGCGCCCCUACUUUUCUCCCUACGUGAUGGGCCGCGGGGGCGCCCGACUGCCGCUCCGCAGGGUUGGUCCCGACAGCGGCCCCGGGCGCCGCUGGGUGAAGCGCAACGAGUCGCGGCCACAGCCACAGCCGCGGCCGGAGCCGCCUCUGCCCACCAUCUAUGCCAUCACGCCCACCUACAGCCGCCCGGUGCAGAAAGCCGAGCUGACCCGCCUGGCCAACACUUUCCGCCAGGUGGCGCAGCUGCACUGGAUCCUGGUGGAGGACGCGGCGGCGCGCAGCGAGCUGGUGAGCCGCUUCCUGGCGCGGGCCGGGCUGCCCAGCACGCACCUGCACGUGCCCACGCCGCGGCGCUACAAGAGGCCGGGACUGCCGCGCGCCACGGAGCAGCGCAACGCGGGUCUCGCCUGGUUGCGCCAGAGGCACCAGCACCAGCGCGCGCAGCCCGGCGUGCUCUUUUUCGCCGACGACGACAACACCUACAGUCUGGAGCUGUUCCAGGAGAUGCGAACUACACGCAAGGUCUCUGUCUGGCCAGUGGGCCUGGUUGGCGGGCGACGCUAUGAACGUCCGUUGGUGGAAAACGGCAAAGUCGUUGGUUGGUACACCGGCUGGAGAGCAGACAGGCCUUUUGCCAUCGACAUGGCAGGAUUUGCUGUCAGUCUUCAAGUCAUCUUGUCCAAUCCAAAAGCCGUAUUUAAGCGUCGUGGAUCCCAGCCAGGGAUGCAAGAAUCUGAUUUUCUAAAACAGAUAACAACAGUUGAAGAGCUGGAACCAAAAGCAAAUAACUGCACCAAGGUUCUCGUGUGGCACACUCGGACAGAGAAGGUUAAUCUAGCCAACGAGCCAAAGUACCACCUGGACACAGUGAAAAUUGAGGUGUAAAUUGAAGAAACUGAAGCAGCAACUGGUGCAGUUUGCCUGGCUGGUGGACGUGGGAGAGGACGUUUGGAGGUCAGGCUGCCAAACAUUCAGGUAUUGUUCACUUUACUUCAGUA